CCGGCGUCACUGCGAGACACUGAUCUGUCGCUCGGUCAAUUGUCAUGCUUGUUUUUAUCUGAUUUACUUGAGAUGACUCAGCCUUAUUCCCAUUGCACAGUGAAUUCAAGGAAGCAGCACGUGAAUGCAUCUAUACAUAUCGGUAUGAUUGUGCACUUAUUGCGCAUUCGCAAUCGUAGCUCGCACCAUCCGACGCUGAAUGCAAUCAAAGCUCACAACCCAGCCAUUAUUUACACACACCCAAAUCUUAAUCUUAAAAGCAUCAGAUGUCCACGAGAGAUAUCAGAUACAUGGGCCAGAAGAUGAGAUCGAUCACGGCACAGAUUGGGAGAUCUAAGCUGUACUUCACCCGCCUAAUUCAGGACAAUUCCGAAUGCAGGGUGCCGCUAGCGUCAGUCAGAUGUCUUGCACGCACCAGCAAUCCGCUUAUGACCUCGUCAAAAAGCAAUGAGACAAGCAAAAAGAGAUGCCACUUAUUAAGACAGUUUUUGACGCACUGCUUGCUGUUUGUUCCACGCAAAUCAACUGUCUGUGGCUGAAGUCUCUCUGCUUGCUUCCACUCUUGUGGACGUAUAUAAUCAGUACCACCAUCUUUCUUUCACUCGGAUCUAUCACUCAUCGAUCCCGGCGUUGAGAAAUUAUAACAUCCAGUUCCUUUUGAGUUGAACAACAAGCCAACGAUAUUAUAUUACCCAUUGCCGACUUGUUAUCCACAUGGCCAUCAGCACUCAAGUCGCUACCGCAGCCGAUAGCGCUCGCUACUACAUCGUGCGGAGGCCCGAUAAUACCAUGAUUCCUCUCAUCCCCGCAGAUCAGCUUCCUAUUUCAGUCCAAGGAAUCCCCAAGAUCCUGACCCACCGACAGAUGUCAGAUGAAGGCUGGAAGUUCGUAGAUGAAACCUACAGUCUUGCCACCCUUCUUCCUUUAAAAAUCACUGAGCGGACUACCUUUAAUGAUCCAGCUACCCACUCUUCUGAGAAUGCAUCAAGCUUUCGCGAAAAUGCGUCAAAAUUUCGCGCACCAGACCGCGAUUUCAAAUCAAGCAUCUACAAGAAAGUUUCCAGAGCCCAGCCCAGCACAGGUACACAGCCAAUUGCCAUACUGUCAGACGCUGAGAAGGUCACCGCUCCAUCACCACGUCCUCAAUCCAGCCUCUCCCCACGCCCAUACGGCACCCAAUCUGACACCGGACGGCUUCAAGCUUCCACAUAUAGUGCUCAGUCUCUCAGUGACGAUUUCGCGAAAGUUUAUGCCAACAGCGCCCAACGUCUAGGGUAUCGUCCCAAUCCAUCUGGUAUCGAGCCCGAUCACAACAAGAAAGUAUAUUGUACGCAUUGGAUCAAAACCGGCGAGUGCAACUUCAUUGCGCAAGGGUGCAAGUAUAAACACGAAAUCCCUCCCAUGGAGGAAUUGCGAAAGAUUGGGUUCACACAAGUACCCCAGUGGUACAAAGAAAAGCAGGCGUUGACCAGGCAAGGCCCAACAUGGAUGCAGCAACGUCGAAACCAACUGAAGAAACUUGAAGAGGAGAAGAAUCAAGAGGAAGAAGAAGAUAAAGAUGAAGACGAGACGUCUCAGGUCUCCAUGCCGCCCCAUGAUGUUCUUUCCGACCCAAGCGAAGCUCGCAACAUGAAGCUCGAAGCUCACUUCCGUGCCCGCACCGCCGCUUCUUCCUCCGCCCCUCCCCCAAAACCAGAGACGCGCAAGGCCCUUACAUCGUCUCGACUUGUUUCUCAGCGUCCGCCUGUUAAUUCUCCUGUACUAAUAGCUGAGGAUGAUGAAGAUGAGUUGGAACCCGUCUUCUUUACAAUGGACGAAGAGAAUUCCAUUCCCGCGACACCAUCUCCUACAUUAUCACCCACGACCACGAACACUACCCCCUCCCCUAAUGCAACAAACGACGUCCCGGAACCUGCCAAAGACCAGCAGCAAAAGAAGGCGCUGCCCGCCCCCAAAACCUACAGCCGGAACCACACAAAUCCUGACACAGACCAGGCGUCCAAAACCGCAAAACAGCAACUCUCGAUCAGGAAGGUGUAUCCUGGUGUAAAAGUUUACACUGCUCCCCAGACCAAGAAAGAGCAUCCGGCUAUCAAAACUGGUGGUCUUGGGGCGUCUCGCUAUGCAGUUCCCAAGACCGGCACUGAAGUAGCGGGGAGAAGUGUGGCACGAUAUAAGAAGGAGAAUGUCCAGAUUUAG